AUGGACCUUGAAAACUUAGUGUCGCUUAAAGACGAAAUGUUGACCUCAAUCAGAACUUUAACUGAGGACAAUGAAACUUGUAUGAAUGACUACAAAAAAGCGCAAAAAGAGAUCUUCUUGAUGAGAACUAGCAACUAUCAAAGAAAGACUGUCAAUAAUGCUGAAACUGUUAGUAAUGCCAGUACUCAGUAUGAUCCUACAAUGAUGGGAGUAGAAAAAAUCUGUAAGCAAGUCAAAUCCAAGUGUGUCGAAUCUCUGCUUGUUAGAUUAGAGAAUAAUGAAGGUCAUUGCUGUAAAAGAAGAGUUCUAGUGUUGGGAGACGAAAGUGGAAGGGGCUGUGCGUCGAAGAUACGCAUUUUGCUUAAUGACUCUGAAGAAGCGGUUUCGGGAAUAAUUAAAUCGUACGCCCCUCUACAUGAAGUUGCAAAAAAUAUUUUCAGCAGUACUUUUGACUAUUCUAAGAAUGACGUUGUUAUUGUUUGCCUAAAUGUAAAGAAAUCUAUGAUAGAUUAUUCGGUCCUAAAGCAAAUUUUUGGUAUUGGUGAAUAUACAAAUAACUUUUUGUUCAAAAAUGUUAGUGACGUACUGUCAGAAUUUAUGCGUAGGAACUAUAAUGCUUCCAUUAGGGUGAUAGAGAAUUUUAGAAUGCGAAACAAAUUCCGACAUAAUAUUCCUAGUCUUAGUAAGCUUUUAUCUUUGUACAUAAAAACUAAACCUUUGCAAUCUAAUGCUAUUGUGCCACUAGCUGACAAGAAUGAUGAGAAAAAAAUCCUGAAAAUAAUGGAUGGGAAACGUUUCAGGGCCCAAGAAAUAUUCAAGUCCCUCGAAAAAGAGAUGAAAGACAAUGGGUACCAGAGAGACGCCGCCUCAUUAAAAGUUAAAUUCAAGAACCUAAAAGCUGAUUACUACAAAGUACAGAGCCGAAAUGAAGUCAGUGGGUCAGAUAGAAAAACCUGUCUGUUUUUUGAGGAGUUGAAUGAAUUGUUCGGGGAUCGCCCUGCAGCAGGCAUGGAGGGCGUUGAUUCAAGUUCGCAGAUACUGGACUCUGCUACGUCUACCGAUGAAGACAACAACGCGGCCUCGAACGCGGCAUUAGAACAGAUUGUGGAAGUAGAAGAGUUUGUAGUGACAGAGGAUGGCUCUCUGGAACCAAUAGAGCCUACAUUUGCAGAGGCCUUUCAACCAGGUAUACCUUCAAGCUCCAAGGCGAAACCUGAAGAGGCACUUGUAGAAACCGCCUGUGGGAGUGGAACUGUUACUCCAAGAAGAAGCAAGAGUAUCACUCCAUCUAAAACCAUAAAAACUAUAACAGAGAUUAAAGGAUCCAUUGAGGAGUCUCUCAAGACUAUAAGUGACUCACAAGAAAGGGACAACGCUUUCGUAGAUAAGCUCCUCAAGGGUCAAGCCGCCCUUCUAUCACAACUAACUAAAGAGUUUUUCGAAGGAUUAACAAAAGUGAUUGGUAAGAGGAAGAGGUCAAGCCAAAGCUCUAGCCAAAGCAGACAAAAAAGGACGAGAAUUUGCCCCUCUUCAUCAUCCUCAGAGACCUCAGAUUCGGACAACUGA